AUGAGUUAUUGUGUAGUGUCCGGUUGCAAAAACCGGAAAUACAAAAAAAAUAGUGAAUUUUCAAAGAAUAAUGAGAAGCGGCAGAAGUGGUUCGAAGUGUUACAUUUCAAUAAUCCAUCGAAAUGGGGUGCUGUAUGUUCUGCUCAUUUUAAAGAAAUGGAUUAUGACACGAAUAAUAUGCGUCGAACGCUGAAAGCAAAUGCUGUUCCAUUUUUAUCUGAAGAAUAUUCUAGCAAACUUAUAAUACACAGUGAGGAAAAUGUACAAAGUGAUGGAGCUAAUAAUGAGCAAAUGAAAAUAGCAGAGGUUCCUCUAUCAGAAACAAGUAAUAUUAAUUCUGGAAAAACGCAUCGCUCUACAAGUAUUUCUCCUGACAGAAUAUUAAACUCUCCAACAAAGAGUCGAUUACGAGAAAGACACAAACGUGAAAUAGCAACUUUAAAAAGAAAUUUGGCUGUCACAACUUAUAAACAAAAAAAAGCUGAAAAAAAUUGUUUAUUACAGAAGAUAUUGAAGGAACUAUCAAAAAAGAAUCUUAUAACAGCAGAAGAAGUCAAUAUACUGCAAGAUUUCAAUUCAGCCAUCACCGGACGGAACUCUACGGCUACCCGAGAGGCGGCUUACAACGAUUGGACGUCCUCGGCGUCUUUGGUGUCGUCGGGCUGA